ACCACCGGCACACGAACGCACAGACUCUGGCCGGAGCGCCCUUGGUGUCAGUAGCCCGGCUCCCGCGUCCACUCCGGCUGUCGCGCAGCCUCAGCACCUGUUGGUCGGUGUGUCCCGGAGCCGGUGCCCCUGACUCCGUCAGGGCCAGGGAAGGCCAUGGUUUCCCUGCCCGGGUCCCCGGCGACCAGCUUGCUUCGGUUUUUGUUCCUGGGGCUGACUACCCUCGAUGCCAUCCAUGGGUCUUUAAGCCUCAAAAACCUUUCCAUUUCCAUGUCCGGAGUGUAUAUUUGCAAGGCCCACAAUGAGGUGGGCAGUGCCCAGUGCAAUGUGACCCUGGAAGUGAGCACAGGCCAUGGGGCUACUGUGGUUGCUGGAGCUGUGGUGGGCACCCUGGUUGGACUGGGGCUGCUGGCUGUGCUGGUCAUCCUGUACCAUCGCAGGACCAAGGCCCUAGAGGAGCAGGCCAACGAUAUCAAGGAGGAUGCCAUCGCUCCCCGGACCCUGCCCUGGCCCAAGGGAUCAGACACAAUCUCCAAGAAUGGGACCCUUUCCUCUGUCACCUCAGCGCGAGCCCUCCGGCUGCCUCGAGGCACCCCCAGGCCUGGUGCAUUGACCCCCACACCCAGCCUCUCCAGUCAGGUCCCGCCCUCCCCAGGGCUGCCCAGGACAGAUGGGGCCCACCCUCAACCAAUAUCCCAUAGCCCUGCUGGGGUCUCUUCCUCUGCUCUGAGCCGCAUGGGUGCUGUCCCCGUGAUGGUGCCUGCCCAGAGUCAGGCUGGGUCUCUGGUGUGAUGGCUCGGCCCCUCGCUGGCUAAGCCAUCUGGUUUCUCUCCUUCCUGUAGGGGACAUCCCCGGCACAGAGACCUGAAUCUUGGCAGGGUGGCCACAUUCCAGACCUCCAGUCCUCUGCCCACACCUUUCUUUACUCUGGGGAAACUGAAUCUCAGUUAAGACCCAAACUUCCAGAACAUAGGAGAACAGGAAGCGGACCUGGGAUUCAGAAAAGCCUCCACCCUCUUCCUGGGCCUUCUCUCUCUGAGACUGGAGUGGAAUGCUGCUGAGAAUGCUACCACCCUCCUAGCCCCUUGGGGCCAGGAAGGGCCUGCCAGCCAAGCCCUCCAGGCCCCCCUGGCCUGGACCCCACCCCAUCUAACACCAUUCUUCACUCCCACUCCAGCUCCCAGCGUUAAUAUAACCUGUCCUGCUGGCCUGGUUGGGUUUGGGGGCGAGGGAUAAGUACGGUAUUUUUUAAACUAACUUGAAAUGCAUGAUUUUGCUUUUAUUUAGCAAACUUCAAUAAAGAUACAUUGUGUUUGUA